UAGUAGUCUUGAAUCAGCCCAAACAGGAACUCAUUUGGAUCCAGUGUGCAGGCUAAAUCGCAUUACAGCGAACGCCAGGGAAUAGAGUCUGCGUGCUCGUCCCUGGCCCCGGAAUGUCGCUGGCAGUCACCGCCGCUGUCCUGCCGGGCUGGGCUGAGCACUUUCACGCAUGGGCUCCCCUAAUCCCACAGGGCCCUCUGACGGGGGCGGCGGGGGGGCGGCACUGCCCCACUUUAAAGAAGCGGAAAUGGAGGCACAGAGAGAGGUCACAGGCCUCGUCCAGGAUCCGCUGGCCAGGAAGUGGCUCAGAGCCAGGUCCAUGUCCAGGACAGCCCUCCGCAGCCUGGCCAUCUGCUGGGAGCAGCCUUCCCCGGCCAGGGCCUUGGCAUCGCCGGCUCCCAGCAGGUUCUCCCCGGUGCCUGGGUCCGAAGGCGUGGGGAGACCCCUCCAGAGGGGGCCUGGGUUUGAAGUUACUGCCUCAGGUCAGUCCCAAGCACAGCCGGCCGGGGCACUGGCCUGAGAACGGAUGGGGGGUGGGGGUGGGGGGCAGUGUGCAUUUCCGAGGGAAUGGAGCUCAGCCUCAGCACUUAGGUCAGCUUCUGGGAGCCUCAGUUCCCUCAUCAGGAAAAUGGACGCAGCUGCCCCAAGUGCCUGUGGGGAGGGCCUCCCCCGGCUGACCCCCGGGGCACGGCAGCCUCAGGCACGGAGGCUCCACAACACAGCACCUCACGCCCCCAACAGGCUCACGGCCCUGCCCGCUGGGUGUGUGCAGGGUGGGUGUUGUAACUUCCUAAUCUCAGCUCAUCACUCAGUGCUCGGGGCCAAAGGGGCCCUGCACGCAGGGCGACUACAAAGGCAGGGCCAGGCCAGCUGCUGCCACAGCCCGGCUGCCUCCCACCUCCUGCUCCAGAGGGACCCGGUGCCGUCCAGGGGACCCAGCCCGCCCGUGCCCGCCUGGCCUCAGGAGGGGCCCAGGAAGGCCUGCGCUGGUCCAGCUUCCAUCCCCAAAGGUGGCCAUGGGCCGAGGGGCGCGCGCGCUCCUGCUGCUGCUGGGCCUGCUGCAGGGGGCCGGGGGCGGCGAGGGCAGGAAGACCUGGCGGCGCCGCGGCCAGCAGCCGCCCCCGCAGCGAGCCGAGGCGGUGCCCGCGGCCGGACCGCCCGUGGAGAGCUUCCCGCUGGACUUCACGGCCGUGGAGGGCAACAUGGACAGCUUCAUGGCGCAGGUGAAGAGCCUGGCGCAGUCCCUGUACCCCUGCUCCGCGCAGCAGCUCAACGAGGACCUGCGCCUGCACCUCCUGCUCAACACGUCGGUGACCUGCAACGACGGCAGCCCCGCCGGCUACUACCUGAAGGAGUCCAAGGGCAGUCGGCGCUGGCUGCUCUUCCUGGAAGGCGGCUGGUACUGCUUCAACCGCGAGAACUGCGACUCCCGGUACAACACGCUGCGGCGCCUCAUGAGCUCCAAGGACUGGCCGCGCACGCGCACAGGCACCGGGAUCCUGUCCUCCCAGCCCGAGGAAAACCCCCACUGGUGGAACGCCAACAUGGUCUUCAUCCCCUACUGCUCCAGUGACGUCUGGAGUGGGGCUUCACCCAAGUCAGACAAGAAUGAAUAUGCCUUCAUGGGCGCCCUCAUCAUCCAGGAGGUGGUGCGGGAGCUCCUGGGCAAAGGGCUGAGUGGGGCCAAGGUGCUGCUGCUGGCAGGGAGCAGCGCGGGCGGCACGGGGGUGCUGCUCAACGUGGACCGCGUGGCGGAGCAGCUGCAGGAGCUGGGCCACCCCGCAGUUCAGGUGCGGGGCCUGGUGGACUCGGGCUGGUUCCUGGACAACAAGCAGUACCACCGCACGGACUGCGUGGACACGGCCACCUGCGCGCCCACCGACGCCAUCCGCCUGGGCAUCAGGUACUGGAACGGGGUGGUCCCUGAGCGCUGCCGGCGCCAGUUCAAGGAGGGCGAGGAGUGGAACUGCUUCUUCGGCUACAAGGUCUACCCGACGCUGCGCUGCCCUGUGUUCGUGGUGCAGUGGCUGUUCGACGAGGCCCAGCUGACCGUGGACAACGUGCACCUCACGGGGCAGCCGGUCCAGGAGGGUCAGUGGCUGUACAUCCAGAACGUGGGCCGGGAGCUGCGGCAGACACUCAAGGACGUGGCGGCCAGCUUCGCGCCCGCCUGCCUCUCCCACGAGAUCAUCCUCCGGAGCCGCUGGACGGAGGUGCAGGUGAAGGGGACCUCACUCCCGCGGGCGCUGCACUGCUGGGACAGGAGCCUCCACGAGGGCCACAAGGGCAGCAAAGCCCCUCUGAAGGGCUGCCCCGUCCACCUGGUGGACAGCUGCUCCUGGCCCCACUGCAACCCCUCGUGCCCCACCAUCCGCGACCAGUUCACGGGGCAGGAGAUGAAUGUGGCCCAGUUCCUCAUGCACAUGGGCUUUGACGUGCAGGCCCUGGCGCAGCAGCAGGGUCUGGAGCCCAGCAGGCUGCUGGGGAUGCUGAGCAGCGGGAGUUAGGGGGCCCCCCCCCCCCCGCAAGCCCCCGGCCCCUCCCCCGGCCCCCGCCCCUCCCGGGACAGACGGGGCCCCGUCCCCCGCGCUGGGUCCGGACGCCCACCCCCAGCAGCCUUCACCGCCCCUCUGGACCCCGGACGCUGCCUCCCCCGCCCCCGCCUGGGGUGGGGAGCCCGCGCACUGGACCCUCAGCCCCCCGCCCUCAGCCCAGCCUCUCCUGCCCUUUUGUAUUAUUUUAUAAAGUGACUUUUUUAUUACUUUAAUUUUUUAAAAAGGAAAAUAAGCAAGAAAUAUAUGAUGAAUGAUAUUGUUUUGUAACAUAUAUUUUUUAAAUAAUGAGAUUAAAAAAGACGACAAAAGA